AGAUCUGUGUACUUUAGAAAAUCAGUCAGAAUAUUUUUCCACGUGUUCAAUAAUUUUGAACUUUCUCAAUGUUCAGAUGCCGCCACGUAGGGAACCCGAUCAUCUAGCUCCUACUCAGGCUACAGUGGUCGCCCAGUUCCACGACUAUCAUGCCGAAAAGUUCUCAGGGCAGGGAGAUCCUCGUAUAGUUGACGAGUGGAUUCAGGGCCUGGAGUUUAUCUUCGAGUUAAUCCGCGAGAAGUACUAUCCCACAUACUACCGAGCAGAGAUGGAGCGUCAGUUUCUAUCGCUCCAGCAGGGUACUCGUACUGUUGACGAGUACGAGAGGGAGUUCACUAGACUUGCAGCUUUCGUUCCUGAUUUGGUCCGCACAGAGGCCCAGCGAGCACAGCGUUUCAUUGACGGGCUUUACCCAGCAGUCCGUCAUAACAUCGUAGGCCACGGGACACAGACGUACGCACGUGCAGUCUCCAUUGCCCAGGAGGUGGAUGCCAGCAUUAGGAGGGAGGCCGUCCGUGAUCAUUUCCAGUCAUCCGCCCCUGCUCAGUCGUCUUCAGUUCCACCGAUGCCAGCUCUACCAUCUACCCAGCCGCCAAAGAACAACAAGAGGAAGGGGAAAGGUGCCCCGGCAGAUAAGAGGACCCGACAGAGGCUACAGCAGAUCCCUCAGUGCCUGACAUGCGGACGACUUCACCGAGGCGAGUGUCGCUUUGGUCAGGAUGUAUGCUACUACUGUCACGAGCCCGGACACUUCGCGAAUCGUUGUCCGAAGAAGGCGCAGCAGCCUCAGCAGCCACCGCAGCAGCAGCAGCCCCGUCAGCAGGCACAGAGGCAGCCUCAGCAGCAGCAGCAGAGGGGCAGACAGCAGGCCCGAGUUUAUGCCGUCGAUCAGGCAGAGGCCGAACAGCAGCCAGGUACCAUGUCAGGGAUGGUUAUUCUUAAUAAUGUUCCCGUGUUUGCUUUAUUCGAUACUGGAGCGACACAUACUUUCAUUUCACGACGAUGUCUUGACGCCAUCGGAGUUCACGCUACUACCGCUAUCCAUUCUCUUGAGGUAAGUUUGGCCUCGGGACGAAAGAUAGUAACUUCAGCUAAAGCUUCAGAUCUUAGCCUUUCCAUCGGUGGCCGAGUUUUGUCUACCGACGCGUUUGUUCUCGAGAUGAGGGACUUCGACCUUAUUCUCGGAAUGGAUUGGCUAUCCUUUUAUCAUGCAGAUAUCAGAUGCCAUGACCGGGAGACUACUCUUUAUCUUCC